GAAGAAGAAGAAGAAGAAGAGAGGAGGAGGAAGUAGUAGUAGUAGUACGUCACUGUCAUGGCGGCGCCCGGGCUGGACGGUUGCAGCUGGUUUGCCGCGUUGUCUCUCGGAGUUUCUCUCCUGAAAUGUCUCUUUAUGGACGCCUAUCAUUCCACAGACUUUGAGGUGCACAGGAACUGGUUGGCCGUCACACACAGUCUGCCGGUGUCCAGGUGGUACCAUGAGAACACGUCGGAGUGGACUCUGGACUACCCUCCGCUGUUCGCCUGGUUCGAGUUCGGUCUGUCCCACGUGGCUCAGCACUUCGACAGAAACAUGCUGGUGGUGGAGAAUCUGAACUACGCCAGCCCAGCUACGGUUCUCUUCCAGAGGCUGUCGGUCGUCUUCACUGACCUGGUUUUCAUCUUCGCUGUCAGAGAGUGCUGCCGGUGCGUUCAGGAGCAGAAAGGCCCUCGGGACGUUUUGAGCCGCCCGUCCUUCGUCCUCGCUGUUCUGCUGCUCUGGAACUUCGGCCUCCUCAUCGUCGACCAUAUUCAUUUCCAGUAUAACGGCUUCUUGUUUGGCUUCCUGCUGCUGUCUGUGGCCAAACACCUGCAGUCUCGCCACCUGCAGGGGGCGCUGCUGUUCGCCAUCCUGCUCAACCUGAAGCACAUCUACCUGUACGUGGCGCCGGCGUACGGCAUCUACCUGCUGCGGAGCUACUGUUUCACUCAGGACCACAAAGAUGGUUCUGUGAACUGGAGGAGCUUCAGUCCGCUCCGUCUGCUGGCUCUGGGCGCCAUCGUGGUCUCCGUGUGCGCUCUGUCCUUCGGGCCCUUCAUCGCCAUGGGUCAGCUCCCUCAGGUCCUGUCCCGACUCUUCCCCUUUAAGCGGGGCCUCUGUCACGCCUACUGGGCCCCCAACAUCUGGGCCCUCUACAACAUGCUGGACAAAGUCCUGGCGGUGCUGGGUGUUCGUCUGAAGCUGCUGGAGGAGGCGGAGCUUCCUCGAGCCUCCAUGACGGGCGGGUUGGUGCAGGAGUUUCAGCACUCGGUCCUCCCCUCCGUCUCUCCCUCCGUCACCCUGGUCUGCACUCUGCUCUCCAUCCUGCCGGCCGUGGCGUCCAUCUGGCGCCGUCCUCGCGGUGCUCGGGGGUUCCUGCGCUGCCUGCUGCUCUGCGCUCUGGCCUCCUUCAUGUUCGGCUGGCACGUCCACGAGAAGGCCGUCCUCAUCGCCAUCCUGCCCCUCAGCAUCCUGGCGGUGGAGAGCAGAGAGGAUGCUGGGAUAUUCCUGGUCCUGACCACCACGGGUCAUUACUCGCUGUUCCCACUGAUCUUCACCCCAGCAGAGCUGCCGAUCAAAGUGGUUCUGAUGCUGCUGUUUGUGAUCUUCUCGUUUGCUGCUCUGAGGAAACUGUACAGCGGUCAGGGGUCCCUGCUGCGUCCUCUGGAGUCCGUCUACCUUGCGGGACUGGUCGCCGUGGCGAUCGCCUGUGAGAUUGUCUUCCCUCUGUCGCCGUGGCAACAGAGGCUGCCCUUCCUCCCCCUGCUGGCGACGUCGGUGUACUGCUCCGUGGGCGUCUCGUACUCCUUCCUGCGUCUGUACGCCAGCCUGCUGCGGCAGGACGAGAAGCCCAAACAGCUGUGAGACGUCGCGGGUUAGAGCCCCAACAGCUGCUGCCCGCGUGCCCUUGAGCACAACUCUCUUUCUGAUCGUCUCCACGCCGCUCGCUGACGCUCAGCUGCUGUAGGUUGGGUCAGCUGACACACUGCCGGCCUGUUGAAGCUUCCUCAGCGCUGUGGCUGAAGACACACAGUCUGAGAUCCAGAGAACAAUGACGACUGUGCACAACGUACAACCACAACUCUUCUGUUCCUGUUCCUGUACAACUUACAGGAAGUCACACUGAUGGAAAACCUUUUGUUUCACGUUGGACUCUUCAAACUGGUGACGGGACUGAGUGUCUCCAGCUCUCCUUUUGAUCAACAUGCACACACAUCAGAUCGGACUGUUGAGCAGGUUCAGGAUUCAGGACAGACCUCCGCCCCAAUACUGACGCACAUCUGGAAUAACGUAGGCGCUGUCAGCUGAUGAAAACGACAUGAGGACCAAAACAGAGCUGAAAGACACGUCUGCUGUUUGUUUGUUCUAUAUUUUCAAAUAAAAACAUCAAUAUAU